AUGACUGAUCAUAUUGAGAAUGUGAAGGCUCUUUUCGAACUGAUGCAAAAAUUCCAAUUGUAUGCUAAGAUGUCUAAGUGUGCAUUUGAAGUUCCUAAGGUAGAGUAUUUAGGUCACUUUAUCAUUCAAGAAGGGGUCUAUGCAGAUCCUAAGAAGAUUAUAGCAGUGAAGCAGUGGCCUAUUCCCACCAAUAUCAAGCAGUUAGGAGUUUUUUUGGAGCUUGCUGGAUAUUAUAGAAGAUUUAUACAAGGUUAUGGAGCUAUAUGCGGACCAUUGCAUGACUUACUCAAGAAAGAUGGUUAUGCAUGGAACUCUGAGGCUACUGCAGCGUUUGAGAAGUUGAAACAAACUUUGGUUUCUGCUCCUGUGUUGGCAAUGCCUGACUUUUCAAAACCUUUCUUGGUUGAGACUGAUGCAAGUGGUUAG